ACCACCUUAAUGACUAAAUCCUCUACUAUAUAUGCACCAUAUGAGUCCUUACUGUCUUAAGCAUAACAAUGGCAGAAGAAAAGAAUAAGAAGAGCAUCAUUGCUCCCGCGCCCGACUUAUACGACAAGGAUGAAUAUGAUGAUGAUUACUCAUGUGACACAGAUCCAGAAGAGACAGAACUGAGUUGGAUUCUUGAUAAACUUAGUUUAGUACCGAAGAAGGAGGACAAGAAACUCUUGGUCUUAAGUCUGAAUGGUCUACUUCUACACCGAUUGCAUAUAAAAAAUAAGCGUAAUGCUCCCAAGAACCGUUCUCCUGAUGCUUCAUGUGGACCAAAUCUUGGAUCAAGAAAAGUGUACGGACAGUGGAUAUAAAACGCUUGAGAACAGUGACAAGCCUCUGUUCUUUAAGGAUCUCUCUAAAGUGUUUCAGUGCUUCAAAGGUUUCUCUGCUUCAAACACCAUAUUCAUUGAAGAAGAACCUUACAAAGCUCUUCUUAAUCCUGACAAUACAGGUGUGUUCCCGUUGAGUUAUGACCCGUCAGACACAAAAGAUAAUUUACUUGAUCCAGAAGGAGAGUUCUGUUCUUACUUGGAUGGUUUGGCAAAUUCAUCUGAUGUUCAGGCUUACAUAAAGGAGCAUCCUUUUGGACAGCCCAUGAUCGAUUCUUCUCAUCUUGAUUGGUCUUACUACCGCAGAGUGUCGAAUAUUGUCUCUUAA